ACCAGUGGUUCCCAACGUGGGGCGUACGCCCCACAGGGGGGCAAUUUGAUUUUUAAGGGGGGCAAUUGAGCGCGACUGAGGAGGUCUGGGUCCAAAUUUUCGAUUUUUUUUUUUUUGGAUUUUCCGUCAGGUAAACGUAUGUAGUUUAUGUUUCAGAUGUUAUUUUGAGUAAAUAAUUUUUUUGGGGUAAAAAAGGUCUUUAUUGUGUAGUUAUUACAUAAUCACCGCGCCAUCGCUCUUCAUGCACGUCGCACGAAGCGGGCGAGGUAAUGGGAGAAUUAUAUAUCACCACAUGGGGGGGGCAUCAGGAUUUUAGAUGUGAUUAGGUGGGGCAUGGCCAAAAAAAGGUUGGCAACCACCGAUUUAGAGCAAGUGUAUAAGUGUGGCUAUUAGGAAUGAUCCCUUUGAAUGUCGGUGCUGACUCAAUGACUCUGAGGGGAGGAGCUGGUGUUCACUAUAUCAAUACCUUCUGAUGAAAGAACUUUGACCUGAAAUGUCAACUCUGUUUCACUUCCCAUAGUUGCUACCUGAUCUGCAGACCACUCCGCUAUUUGCUAUGUUUAUUUCAGCCUUCCAGCAUCUGCAGUUUCUUUGAUUCAGUUUGCAUCAUUAAUAGUUUCCAAAAUUGAGUAGAUAUAUAUAUUCACAGGCUUUGAUGAACUUUUAAGCACUAGAUUUAUGCCGCUGUUUUUUGAGCUACCACCAAAAGUGAUGAAACUGGAGAGUCCUUGGAUAGACACAAAACGCAGAGUAACUCAGCGGGACAGGCAGCAUCUCCUGAGUGAAGUAAUAUGUGCCGUUUCGGGUCGAGACCAUUCUUCAAGACGUGUGACAAUAAAGUAUUCAUUCAUUCAUUCAUUAACCUUGGUUUCUUACUAAUAAUUAUUAUUUAUUAUUAUUUAGUUAAUAUUGAUUCUCAGCUGUAACAACAUAACUGACGGGUGACGUUUUGGGUCGAGACACUUGUUCAGACCCGAAACAUCACCCAUUCCUUCUCUCCAGAGAUGCUGCCUGUCCCGCUGAGUUACUCCAGCUUUUUGUAUCUAUCUUCGGUUCCAACCAGCAUCUGCAGUUCCUUCCCACACAACAUAACUCGUGCUGUUUAUUCCUAGGGUAAUCCAAGAUGGAUUGGGACACCCUUCAAGAGUUGCUCGGCGAGAUGAACAAAUACUCCACGUCGCUGGGCAAGGUGUGGCUCUCGGUGAUUUUCGUUUUCCGUGUGUUGGUCUUGGUGGUGGCGGCCGAGACGGUUUGGGGAGAUGAGCAGAGCGACUUUGUCUGCAACACCCAACAGCCCGGCUGCAGGAACGUCUGCUAUGACCGCUUCUUCCCCAUCUCCCACAUCCGGCUGUGGGUCUUCCAGCUGCUCUUUGUGUCUGUCCCCUCCUUUCUCAUCGGCAUGCACGUCUCCCAAAGGAAAAAGAGCAGGAAGAACAUCAAGAUCUUUCACCUGAAUGCAGCUAAACUGAAAAUAAAAAUCGAUGCCCCUCUCCUACGGACUUACCUGGUCAGUCUUGUCUUCAAGAUGCUAUUUGAAGCCAGCUUUAUGUACUUGUUCUACUGGAUCUACGAGGGCUACCAGAUGUUGCGACUUGUGAAGUGCAGUGAAUACCCCUGUCCCAACACUGUAGAUUGCUUCAUUUCCAGGCCCACUGAGAAGACUAUCUGUACUGUGUUUAUGUUGGUGAUCUCAGCUCUGUGCAUCUUGUUGAAUGUGUCUGAGCUCUGCUUCUUGGUUGUAAAAUAUUGCAUUAUUCAGUGUAGAACGUCUUGUUUCCCCGCAGUAGAAAACGAGACAAGGUCCAAGAGGUAGUAAAUACCAGACCCUCCUUCCUCAGAAAUCAACUCGCGGUGAAUCACUGAGAGAGAAAUGUUCAACUUUUGUGGGAAAUAUUUCCAUUAUCUUCAGUAAAAAACGUUGCAUGAAAUAGCCUAUUUAUUUUAUUCAUGAUUGGCUUCACUGAGAAGUCUAGAUUGGUGGCAAAGUGUUUCAGCACAAUGGCCUCUGUCUGGGUAACUGAAUGGUGUCCACCAUGUGUAGCCCUCUUCCCAGUUGGGAUGGCUAUCCCAGAGUGAGUCAAGCCCAGCCUGAAACUGCCAGACCCCGAGAACCAUACCUCUACAUCAAUAUCCUAGACUCCAGGCACAAGAGACUGCAGAUGCUGGAAUCCAUGGGAUGUGGUGAUACAUGGAUAGGACAGAUUUGGAGGGAUAUGGACCAAAUGCAGGCAGGUGGGACUAGUGUAGCUGGGACAUGUUAGCCCAUGUGGGCAAGUUGAGCCAAAGGGCCUGUUUCAACACUGUAUCACCUAUGAAUCUGUGACUCUAUCCUGAGCAAUCUUAACAGACGAUGUUCCAGGUCAGGACUCUUCUCCAUUCCCACAGAUGCUGCCUGACCUGCUGAGUUCCUCCAGCACUUUGAGUUUUGUCAAUGUCCUAGACUCCUUCCAUAUACCCAUCAUC